GGUGUCGCUGUCCCUAGCUUGACGGCGGUAACAUUUUAUCGAUAAUCCGGAACCGCUUCAAUUGAUCGCGUCUGUCUCGCCGACUGCCAUUACCUAGAAUUACAUCUGUAACUUUAAUGUUUAUCGCUGGCGAUAAAGAUAUUUUUUGUUAUUUCCGGUCAUAUAGUAAUGCGCUUUCUAACUUUUCAAGGUCGCCAUUUACGAUUCCAUUUCGAACACAACCAGAACUGUAGUUCGGGAGGUCACGGCGGGGUUAUCGUCCGAUAUAAAGUCAUUUAAGGACGUCUGUCAAUUACGCGCAAAUUACUUUCGAACGACGUGCUUUCCAAGCGAAACGCUUUCGCCAUUUUUUAAUUACGCAAUUUACGAGGAUCGACGAUAAAUGCCCCCGGAACUGUACGAGAAGUAAAAAUUAGAUGAACAACGCAGGGGGCGCUUCGACGACAAAUUCAAGAUGGCGGAAGCCGGUUGACGUUUCGACUUCCCGUCGAAAAGAAAGAACCAGAAUGUAGGAAUUUGCGUAGAGAAAAGCUUUCAAAGAGGAAGGAUCGGAAGAUCGGUUGUCGAGCAUGCCAGUUUUGGAAAAUGUCCAUGUUACUUUAUUGGAGAUAUUGGAGGUCAGAGGCUCAUCUCUUACGGAGGCUGAAUUAUGGAGCGUCCUGCACCACACUGUUGAAGCUAUCCAGGAUUUGUUUCUGAAAGGUUGUGCUCAUAAAGAUGGUAUUCCUCAACAAUUAGUAACUUUAAAUAGCUUAAAUUGUACAGCUAUGGGAAGAGUAUUACUGAGUAGUUGCAGUAUACAGAAUGUUCAAGGGACACCAUACUGGUGUAAUGACAUGCAAAAUGUUGGUGCAGCUGCUACAGAUUUAGACAUUGAAAUGAUGUACGUGUACACUUUAGGUCAAACAUUGCAUUUAGCAUCUGAAUAUGUUCAGCAAGAAUCUCAGUUGUCUUAUCAUUCAAAUCUUUCAUCUGUUUUGAUCUCAACAGUACAAGCAAUGAAACAUUCCAAUAUUAAUUUAAGAAUGAAAUUAUCUGAUAUCAUGGAACAUGAUAUUUUAAAUCAAAUUGAAAAAGAUAUUAAUAUGGAAAAUGAAUUAAUGAGUCAAAGUAGUCCUCCAGUUGAUGAAUUUGUUCCUGAAAGUAGAAGACCCUCCAUAGAAUAUAUUGACAAAAGUGUUAUCUAUGGUCAUCGUUUACGUUAUAAUCCUAUAUCAUCAUUAACAAUGUUUGUAACAUCACCUGAAGAAAAAAUAAAUCCAAAAGAAAGAUGGAAAAGAGCAGUGAGAAAAAUUAUAUCAAAAAGAAAAUGUGAGAAAUUUCUGACCGAUAAUGAUAUCCCAAGUGAAUGGAAAGAACAUAAAGCGAAAGAUUCAAUUUUAAGAGUUUAUGAAGAAUUGACAGAACGCAGAAAAAUGUUAGAAUUAUUAAGAAUGAGUAUCAAUAUUGGGAAUUCUCUUCCUGUUAGUCAAGAUACAGCACUAACAAAAGGUUUGAAACCAAAAACAUUGGCUGAAUUAGUGAUGUUACUACAAUGCCCAAAGAAGCAAUCAUCUUUACUGAGAAGUAGCUCUAGAGGUACCAAAGCAAAAAGUGCUACUAUUAAUAGCUCAUCAGCAAGUCUUAGAAAUGAUAUGACUUUAGAUAGUCUUUCUGAAGAAGAAUUUAAUACUAAAAAAAUUAAAAGGCAUCAUCACAUAGAAAACAUUGUAAAAAUGCCACUCUAUUCAUUAGACCAAGUUGUUUCAAAAAAGACUGAUUCUCAUCAAAAUAAUUCCAUUAAAGAGAAAAUAUUGGGACCAGAAUUUGUUGUCAUGAGUGUGAAACCAGUAAUUUCUUUUUCACUGGAUACAAAAACUAAAAAAUCAACUGUAAAUAAAAGUAAGAUAUUUCCUUGUCGAGUUACUGUGAUAUUACUGAGUGGUAUUCAUUUGGACAUCAAUUGCAAUUCAUCUGUUGUGGUUAAAGAUAUUUAUAAUAUUGCAUCAGCUCAUUUAUCAUUACCUGAAAAUUCUGUUUUUGGAUUAGCUUUUAAACAUGAUGGAGACUUAUUUUUUUUAGAGAAUCAAGAGAAGUUAGUUAAACAGAUUUUAAGAUGCUGGAUGCCAAAUCCUUAUAGUAAAAAAGCAAUUGACGAUGAUAUUAGCUUUACUUUGUACUGGAGAGUUAAAUUUUACUUGAAAGAUAUUAAUCUUAUAAGGCACUCUGGUGUUCGACAUCAGUAUUAUCUUCAAUUUAGACGAGAUUUAUUAGAAGAAAGAAUAUAUUGUGAUGAUAAUGAAGCCAUGAACCUGGCUGGUUUUGCUCUCCAGGCAGAAUUUGGCAAUUUUGAUAAAGUUGUACAUAAGAAUUAUUUUUUACUGGAACAUUAUCUACCUCAAAGAAUCAUUCAUGAAAUGGAUAGAUCUGAAGCUAAAGAGAACCUUAUGGAACUUCAUGGGACCCAUUAUGGAUUAUCUAAAGAAAUAUCUGAAUUGGAAUUUAUGCAGGGAGUUCAAAAGUUGCCCGAAUAUGGAUAUCAUUUUUACAAAGUAAUUCAAGAUAAAAAACAUUUAUCAUCAUACAUUUGGAUUGGAAUCUUUGAAGAAGGCAUUGAUAUUUUUGAAGAAAAGGGCAAUAAAAGAAAUAAAAUUCAAGAAUAUCCAUGGAAAGAAAUAUAUAGAAUCUCUUACACAAAUCAUUACUUUUCUCUAUGUCCAAGAACUGAAAGUAUAACAGGCUGGCACAUCCACUUCAAGUUUUAUGUAACUCAUAACAUAAAGAGCAAAUGUUUUUUCAACUUAGCAAUGAGUCAUCAUCAGUUUUAUGUGAAAUUAAAAUCCCGAGUUAAAGCUUCAGAAAUAUUUUGUGAAGAUUAUGAAACUGAUGCUGCCACUAAUGAGUCGAGUGAUAUUGCUGACACAGAAGCUUCGUUAGAAACUGGAUAUGAUUUUCAGCUGGAUUCUCCGCAGCAACAAGUUCUUUCUUGGCAGCAGUUCACAAAAGGUGCCAAAUAUCUAGGAAGUUUGGUAAAUUUAAGAAGCACACCAAGGAGUUCGGGUAACAAAAAGAAAGGAAAGAAACCUGUGUCAAUAAAACCUCUUGUGCUAACAAAAUACCAAAAAGAGGUUAUCUCAGGUAUGGUUGAUCCCACCAAACCCAUCAUAAAAUCUGCUUCUGCUCCCGAUAAUGUUUUAAAUGAAGAUUUUGAAAAUGAACAAGACAUUUUUGGCCAACUCAAAUAUGAAUUUAAAACAGAAUGUUCAGGAUGUUGUAGCGACAAAGAAAGUCGAACCGUGCGUCUGAUCAAAGACGAAAAGCUUGGAUUGGGAAUAACCAUCACCUGUGGAAAUACUUUGGAUUCUAUUCUAUGUGGCGCUCUCGUCGAAAGUAUUAAACCAAAUGGUCCCGCUUACAAAGAAGGGUCAUUGAAAAUAGGUGAUCAUAUAAUUUCUGUUAAUGGAGAAUUUGUACAAAAUGCUCAUUAUCUAGAUGUCGUUGAUAUGAUCCAGAAUUCUCCUCCUACUGUGGAAUUAACAGUUCGAUCUCAUUAUGAAAACAUCUUAAUAUCUGAUGAUAAACAAACUUUGAAUGAAUCUCAAUCUUUAGAUAAUUUUCAAAAUAUAAAGUUAAAAGAACCAUCAUGGGAUGAGUAUCAGGAUGUUGUAAACAAGUCAACAUUUUCUAAUUCUUAUAAUGGCCAAUCAUCUAAAAGUGAUCCUCCCAUUCCCAAACCACGAAAGAAAUGGUCUGAAAAGUCUAAGGUCUCUGAAUCAAAUUAUACUUCAAACGAUUCAAAGUAUUCUGACACAGACAGAGUUGAUACCAUUGGAAAAUCUAUAGCCCAAGUUCACAAAAUUACAACCAAAAAUGUAUUAAAUAAUAAACUUGGGCAGAAAUCUCAAGAAGAGUCUAGUAAGGAAAUCUGUGAUAAUGAAAUUGAUUCUGAUCUUCAAAAUAACAAUCAGUACCAUGAUAUAAAAGAAAUAGAAGAUGAGAAUAAUCAUUUAAAUAAAAUAGAAAUGUUACCUUCUGGGAAUAUUAUCUCUCUUGAUUUGAAAAAGAUGGAGGAAAAUUUAGAUCUAGAGGCAAAGGACACGUCGCUUCCAGGUUUAAUCUCCGUACGUUCUCUCCUUUUCAAAGAAUCUACCGAACCAGACGAAAGAAUACAGCCUGAUGAUCAAAUAUUAGAAGUGAAUGGUGUUCAGUUUAAUAAUGUGCCAUAUUAUGAAACCGUUGAUUCAUUAAGAACUAGUCCCAAAGUAAUAAAUGUAUUAGUGGAGAAGACUUUGGAAAAUGAAGAGGAAAAUUCCAGAUCCGAAUUACAUAUCGAUGACGACGACUGUGAUGAACUAGAUCAUUUUUAUGACAGCAACAUGAAAAAGUGGCAAGUGACUCGUUCUAGUAAGGACAGGCUAACAAAAAGCAGUUCUUGUGAGAUUUUGUCUCGCACAACAAACUUACAUUCCACAAGAGAAACUUCACAAGAAAAAAGUGAUGCUUCCUCAGAUCAACGAACCGAUGGGACAGAUUUGUUAGAUCGCAUGCAAGGCACAAUUCCGAUGCCAGUUUUAAAUUGUGAUAAAAUGUGCAUAGAAGAUGAUCAAGUCAGUUGUGAUACUUCCUCAGGAAUCAGUACUGGCAGCAGUUCUUUAUUUCCUUGUAUUCAAGAAGAAAAGAUUGAUUCCAGUAAUAGUUAUAGAGUCAGCAUUGAAAAAUGCACCUUGCCACUAAUAACCAAAAAUGAAAUCCCACAUUUAGAAAGAAACAGAGAUUAUUUUAAUAAAGAAAAUAAUUUAUUAAAUAAUACAACUGUAAAAGCAUUUAGUUUACCAGACUCUAAUCGAAAUACUCCAGUUACUAUAACUGAGGCAAUCCAGAAUGGAGGAUAUUUAUCAAAAGUUUAUGAUUUGGAUUUAACGACAGCACCAAAAGUACCACAGAGAAGGUUCAGACAAUUAAGGAAAGUGGAAGAUAUUUAUAAAUUUAUAACAAAAGAAAAUACUUUUGAUGUUCAUAUCAGAAAAAGUAGUCGUGGUCUAGGCUUGAGCAUCUGCGGAGGACGUGAUACUGGUGGGAGGGGAUGCAUAAAUCAGCUGAUCCGCAUACGGAAAUUAUACCCCCUUCAGCCCGCCAUGGAGUGUGGGAAGUUGAGAGUCGGCGACGUGAUUAUUGAAGUAAAUGGGAAAAGCACAUUGAACUUAACCCAUACUGAAGCUUUGGAUGCAUUAAGAGCCGCUCCCAUUAAUGUGACAUUAAAAAUCCACCGUCCCGACCCAACAAUCAUUCCUAGUCUGCCUCUGAACAUGAGGGACGAUUCCUGUCCAUCAUUUUCUUUGGAGUCUCCAUCGUCGUCUGUACACAAUACUUUGUCCAGAAGCAGUAGCAUAAAUAAUCAUUCUGCUAAAGAAUUUGAAAUCGUCAUCGAGAAACAUGAAGGAAGUUUAGGUUUCACCGUGUUGAAGAGGGAACAGUGCGAGAGCACCUUUCCCGGAUUGUUCGUAAAAGAUUUAAUUCGAGAACCUGCAAAAUCCGACGGCAGAAUACAACCCGGAGAUCAGAUAUUACAAGUUAACGGUACGGACAUGUCAGAACUUAGUCACGCAGAAGCCAUCAGUUUCCUCAGAAGUGCACCGAACGAAGUAAAGUUAAAAUUAUCUAGGCACGUGGAUCCUCCGCUUUCACCUCUAUCCGGAGACGACGAACCUCCCCUGUCCAAACCAUUGAGAAGAGAAGCUGUGGAAUUAUUAAACGAUUGGGCCAGACAGAAAGAAAAUGAUUCGCCCGGUAAGAAAAGAGAGCGCAGAAGAGUCCGAACAAAAGUCGACGAUAGUUUCAGCAGUUCCGGAAGCAGAAGUAAUUCGUCUUCUGUAAGUCAAGACAACACUUUUCUUAUAAGCGAUAGCGAUAACGUCUUAUCAGAGGAAGAACUAACCAACGACAGCCCGGGACUAAAGAGAAAUUUGCGUCCCAAGUCUCUAGACAUUCUUAGCUCGUUUACGAGAAAACAAAGGUUAGCCAACUUUACUUCCGCAGAAGACCAAUCGACUUCUUUUCGUCGUCAAACCAGCGUUAAAGUCACCAGUUUGGACGCUCAAACGUCGAUGUUUCCGUCGAACGAGGACGAAGGGAAUACCAAGAAAAAUCUCUUGAAGUGGAGAGGAACCAUAUUACCGAAAACCGGUUCCGAAUCCGAAAACGAACUAAAUUUGGGAACGUUGGAAGAGAAAAGAGAAGAUUCUACUCGGCAGAUUUCCGAAGAUGCGGUCCAGUUUAUAGAAGUGCAGCUGGAUAGAGGAUGGCACGGCCGAUUAGGUUUUAGCAUUUCCGACCCCCUGACGGAAAAUAUAUUGCCUAACGGACCGGAAGUAAAAAUCGUACACGAAGGCAGUUUGGCCUCUCGGGAUGGAAGAAUUAAAGCUGGAGAUAGACUAGUUCAGGUGAACGGAGAAAUGGUUACAGAAAAGCCAGCAUCGGAAAUCAUCGACGUUCUCCGCAAAACAAGAGGUCUAGUCAACAUGAUAUUUGCCAGAUUAAUAAAAUCGACCAAUACAGAAAAUGCCACGUAGUUAACGGAAGUACUUUGCUAGUCAUUAGAUACCGAUGCCGUGUGGGAACGUCAGUUGCCAAAAUAUACACCUUAGCUCGGAGUAGAGGUAGUCUUCCGACUUUAUUUCUAGUUUUGACAAUAACUUAUCGUCCCCUAAUUACAUUUAUUUUGAGACUUUACCCGGAAUCUUGUUACCAAAAAAAUUUAUUCUAUAUACCAAAUAUUUAUCUAUAAUAUUAAUAAUAACAAUAAUAACGGAAAGAAAUGUUGCCAAAGAUUCGGAUUUUCUCCCGAACGACUGCCCCGUUCCAGUUCUUUGCAGUGCCAAAAUCUUAAAAGUAUACGCAGAAAGAAAUAAAAAAAAAUCCGCGCUUUAAUUCCGUCCGAGAAAUCAUUCCAAAUCACUUGUUUUGUUAAUAUUUUUGGUUUCGUUUAUUUAUCCGAUCGUCGUUAGUUUACGCCGGAGGAAAGGCCCCGCAUUUUGUAACGUUUGUACUUAUUCGACCCUCGAUAACCUACGUCAUCAGUAUUGUAUAGUUUUUUAACUUAAUCCCCCGCUAUUUAAGUACAAUAGUGUCGUUAGUAUCCGUGUUUCGCCCGAUGGUUCGCUAGUAGAGAGAUGUUUUAAAUGUUGCCAAGAGUAUUUUAAAGAGUUGUUGUAUAUUCAGAUAGUAAUGUAAAUAAACUUAUUAUUCAUU